AUAUAAUGGCAAUUAAGCUGAAUUUCUAUGUCGCCUUUAUGUUUUUGUUUACAUAUUAUUUUAGAGAGGUCGAUUCCCUAGUGGAAUUUACAAACGUACAGUGCGAAUCUCUGGAUAAGGACUUCGCCUUAUUUGAAUAUUGUUUCCUGAAAUCUGUUAACCGAACAUACAAAUAUGUAUCCAUUAAAGUUAACCUCCUAAAAACGCCCAUAACCAAAAUUAAGAUACGAUUUGGUCUAUAUAAACGUUUGAAUGGCUACAAGCCUUUUCUCUACAAUAUGACUUUUGACGCGUGCAGAUUCCUAAACUCGCCGAAUCCCAAUCCGGUUGCCUCUUACUUUUACAGUUGGUUCAAGGACUAUUCUAACACAAACCACUCUUGUCCCUUUGACCAUGAUAUUGUGCUGGAUAAGAUGCCAUAUCAUAGUGUAAAUAAUAUGCUCACCAAAAUACUUCCCUUUCCGGAGGGAAAAUAUAUGAUUGAAGGUCACUGGAUAGCCUACGACAUUGAUCGAGCUAUAACUAAGUUCUAUUGGACACUUACUUAA